AUGGGGUUAAUUUCAGAUACAAAAAAGUAUGAGGAAUAUAAGGACAAGGAAUCCAAGGGACUCAAGCAAAAGAUGGAUAGAAAAAGAUCAAUGUCCCCUGACCUCGAAGACGGUGAAGAUGGUGACAAAAGUAGUAAUAAAAGAAAGAAAAUCGGAAGUACGAUGCACAAUAAGAACAAGUAUGAUAAAGUGGGGGAUAAAAAAUCAGAAAGACGAAAAAGGCGCUCCGAAUCUAAUGAUGACAGCGAUAGUGAUUCUGAAAAGAAGAGACGGAGAGAAAGAAGUAACUCUAAUAGUAAUGAUUCUUAUAAAUUAAAAAGAUUGAAGGAGUCAAAGAAAGAUAAGAAGCACGAUUGCUCAUCCGAAAGAUCAAGUAAGAAACAUAAAAAGAAAGGCGAAGAAAGAGAAAAAAACAUUAUGAUACUUACGAACAUCGCUAAACAAGUAGUGCGAACGAUGUCGACAUUUCGCUUGGCGUUGGUAUAACUUCAAGUAAAUGAAGUAAAAAGCAAAAAUGUAGAGCGGGCAGUUUCCUACAUUUCCAGCGCGAAAGAGCAUAAUGCUGAUAUUAUCGCUCUUCCUGAAUGCUUUAAUUCACCAUAUGGAAUACAAUAGUUUCCAAAAUACGCCGAGAGUAUUCCCUGAAACGGUGAAACGAGCGUUGCUUUAUCGAAGGCAGCUAAGGAAAACAGCAUUUAUGUAGUUGGUGGUACGAUACCUGAAAUAGAGGGCGAUAAAUUGUACAAUACCUGCUGUACUAUUUGGGGUCCCGAUGGAACUUUGAUAGCAAAACACCGGAAGGUACAUCUAUUCGACAUCGACAUUCCCAACAAGAUUACUUUCCGAGAGAGUGAUUCACUCAGUCCUGGUAAUUCCCUAACAAUGUUUGAUGCGAAGGGCUGGAAAAUAGGUAUUGGCAUUUGCUAUGAUAUCAGAUUCGAGGAAAUGGCACGCAUUUAUCGGAACAAAGGUUGCCAAAUACUGAUAUAUCCGGUGGCAUUCAAUAUGACCACUGGACCACUGCACUGGUCAUUACUUCAGCGUUCCAGAGCGAAUGACAAUCAAUUAUACGUCGCCUGUAUAUCACCGGCUCGUGUUCCUUCAGCAAGUUAUGUCGCAUGGGGACAUACACAGUUGACAAAUCCCUGGGGGAAAAUCCUUUAUGAUUUGGAAACUCAGGAAAAUAUGGUGGUCACCGAUAUCGAUUUGAAAGUUGUUGAGGAAGUAAGGGCUCAGAUACCUACAUUUUCUCAAAGACGUACGGAUUUGUACGACACUGUCUAUAAAAAGGAGUAA